CAAAGAUUCGUCACGAUGCCUUCUCCCCACGACCUCCAUCUCGACCUCGACCCCGACUAUCGAGGCUCCUCUUCCUCAACUUGUACAUACUCAUGAAGCGACCUUCAUACGUCCUUUCGCCCUCACGAGCCGAUCGCCACCUCCGAAACGCGUCCCAAGAGAAGUCGGUGAAUCGCGCUACAGGCCAACAUAAAUUCCGUUUCGUACCCUUCAAACGAGCGCCUUUUGGCGACCUUCUCCUUUGCUGGAACGAGCGGGGUCUGUAGAGGGGACUAUUUGAUGUCUUGCAGCUCAGUUCUGGAGCUCAAAUAGUUGCCCGGCAGCGAAGCUGACUUCUCUCGGUCAAAAUCUGUUGGUCUUUCGACCGUAAAAAGAAGAAUCCGACUCUUGGUCUUGCAGCUCAGUUCUGGAGACCAAGGCUAGGAUUCUUUGUCAGAAACCGCUGAUUCGGCCGUUUGUGGUGUCGAGCUUGACCAAGGUACGUGUGGCUGCAGAUUUCGAAGCUAACAGUAGAACCCAUCAAGAAUGGCGACCUUAUCAAGUCUCGGUGUCAAUACGACGAAUUCUGCAGUUGUCGCCUGGUGUUGGAAUGAUGCGACACGCUUCCUGGCCGAGCCUGAUCCUCAAAUCAGGGACAUCACCUUUACGACGCGCUUCGAUAGCAUAGCAACAUUCUUUCAAUUAAAUAUACCCAUCAGAAUCAAGGGAAUCAAGACCGGCACCACUUUGAUUCUUCGAAUAUCCCCUUCGUUCAUCUCUUCGUGUGAAAUCACUCGAAAUCCCACAAUCCCCAGUGUUGUGCGGGACAAAUUCCGCUCCAGUACCCUUUGUCUCAACUUUUGCCUCAAUACACACCCCGAAGUCCUCGUUUCAACAGAAGCCCAAGAACCGCUGGCUCCUCUGCGCGCACAAUCGGGAACGGUUCUGGACUCGAUCCACGAGCUAGCCAACAUUACCGCGCUCUCGAUCUAUAUUAAAGACUCAGGCACAUCAACAGCACAACUCCAACCUGUCUGCGAUGCUGUCAGCAACGGUGUUUCGCUCGUUGUUCAAGAUGAUCUUGCCAGCAUGUACAGUGGUGCGGGUGCCAAAGUCGUCACACUCCCCGCCCCUCAUGCAGACGCCACCCAUACAGACGUCCCCCGUGCAACAGACGUCCCUCACACAGACGCUCCCCAUGCAGAGUUACCACCGCCAUCCUACGAUCAAACAGAACCCCCACCUCCCCAUGCACCCAUUUUCGAAUCACGUAAGCGGCGACGACCCAAAUACGAUCUACGAGACGAUCUACGAGACGAACGCGACGAAGACAUCGCCUUGAUCUGGGCCCAGUUGGAGACGAUGCAAGCCCGAUACGGGGCGGAGAUCAAGGCCCUUCGGGAAGAAAACCUAGAUCUAAGGGAAGAGGUAGAUGACUUGCGAAAACAAGUCGCUGCCUCUGACAAACGACACAAAGACCUGCAGGAAGAGCUCGACGCACUGGAAACGAGGACAGAGAUCAAGGUCGAUGAUUUUAGUGACGAGAUAGAUAUCAAGAUUAUCGAUGCGAGGUCCGAAAUCCAGGAUUUGGCUGAGAGCGUCAAGUCUGUGAGAGAGGACGUUGACCAGGAUAGGCUGGUUGAUCGUGUUAAAUACAAGGUGCUUGAGCAUAUCAGGGCAAGUCUGUCUUUUGAUAUGCCACCAGCCGACUGACACACACAUUACAUAUGUACAUGAACAACAAUUGAUGCACUUAAUACACUUAUUUGGAAAGA